CAGACACUGACAGGGGUAGUAUCUCCACGGACCAGAAGGGCAGGCCGGCCGGGCCCCGCGUCGCCGCCGCCCACAUCGCGCGGCCCCUGCGCCGUGGAGCGUCCCCCCUCCCUUCUUUCCUACUUAUUUUUUUGUCUUCGGUAGCUUAGAGAAGCCAUCGCUUCUGGGCUCUUUCUUUAAAAAACAAAACAACAACCAAAAAAACUUUUCAUGCUAUCUUGGGUCUACGGAGGUUUACGUGCCAAGUCGUCUGCCCAGGGCCCGGGAAUCUAAAAAACUGCAGCGGCGCUGUUGUUUAUGGAGCUUCGGGCGGGGGCUGAGCUCGCUGCCUCGCCCCCUGCCCGCCGCCCGGGCCAUGCCACUCCAUCUGCUCGCCGAGCGGCGGCCGGCCGGCCUCGGAGACUGAGCCCCGAGCCGCGCAAGCAGGCGGCGCGGGCGGCGGGCGGCGCGGCGGACCCAGUACUAUGGCUGUGUAUUGCUAUGCCCUCAAUAGCCUGGUGAUCAUGAAUAGCGCCAACCAGGCGAAGAGUGGCGACGGUGCCCGGCCCAGAGGGAGCGAGACGCCCCCAUCGCCGCCGGGGAGGGUCGUGUUGAGCCCCGGCAGCGUGUUCAGUCCCGGGAGGGGCUCCCCUUUCCUCUUCCCCCCAGCCGAGUCGUUUUCACCCGAGGAGCCCGGGAGCCCCGGGAGCUGGCGAAGUGGCCGGCGCCGGCUGAACAGUGGCAGCGGCAGCGGCGGCAGCAGCAGCAGCGUGGGCAGCCCGAGUUGGGCGGGUCGCCCGAGAGGGGACGGGCAGCAGGUGGUGACCGCCGGUGCCCUCUCCCCUCCGGGACCCGAGGAGGCCAAGAGGAAGCUACGGAUCCUGCAGCGCGAGUUGCAGAACGUGCAGGUGAACCAGAAAGUGGACUUGUUCGAGGCGCACAUCCAGGCGCAGAGCUCCGCGGCCCUCGCGCCCCGCAGCCCGCGUUUGGGCAGGGCUCGCUCGCCCUCCCCGUGCCCCUUCCGCAGCAGCAGCCAACCCCCAGGAAGGGUCCUGGCUCAGAGCGAGGAACGGAGGACAAAGUCCUGGGGGGAGCAAUGUGUAGAGACUUCAGAAGCUGCCUCCGGGAGGACAGCCCGGGCGCCCCGCCUUUGCCUCUCCAAGGACAAGGAGGGAGUGGCGCCUCUCCUGGGUCCGGCCACUCCGUCGGGGCUAAGGGCGCAGGAUCCAGCUGUGUCGGUGAGAAGAGAGACGCUGAACACCCCCAGAACCCACUGUGGCUCCCCGAUCGCUGUGGAAAUUGACAAGAGGGUCGCUCCUGCUUCGGGGACUCCGAGUUGCCGAGCUCACGCCUUAGAGCCCGCUGGACUGUACUUAGCCACGUCCGCAGAAGUGCCCGCAAGAGUCCCAUGCCCCAAGCCACCCCGACCGCCCCACUCUGCCCUAGUGGAGUCAUCCGAGCUGACCCUAGUACUUGGGGGGACACGGCCCAGGCAGAACUUAGUGGAGAGUCGGGCACAAUCUCUGGGCUCAGAGACAAGGCCAGCUCCAGAGAGGGGUGAAUCCCAUCCGGGUGAGCUCCCGAGGAAGGUGGGGAAAGGAAGUCUACCCACUGUAAUGCCUGGCUUGGGAGCACCAGAAGCUGGGGAAAGGCCAAACAUCCCCACUGUGAAAGUGCAGGAGCCCUUGGAUACCUGGGAAGGGUUCAGACCCCCUGGAGAACUGGGCUUGAGAGAUGCCAAGGUAACCCAGAGUGGAGCGCCAGCGCUCAGUGUCUCUCUGCAGCUCUGCGACAGCUUCCAGAAGGGGUCCCCAUCUCAGGGCCUGCUUGGGGGCAGCCAGGCAGCACAACCAGGAACCCAGGAAGUGGAGAUGGGGAUUCCCUCUGGCCUAACGCCCUGCUGGGAAACAGCAAAAGAUCUGGAAGAACCUCAGUGCCUUCCCAGGGACAGGAUGGAUGUGCAGCCUGGAAGUGCCAAGGCUUGGCUAGGUCCUACGGAGAAAGCCAGUCUGACCUGGACAUGUGGCUCAGGGCUGAAGUCGGAGGGGACAUGGGAAGGCCAGCAACAGGACGGAGAUGCACACCCUGGCCCAGAGCUGCUCUCUGCAGAUGGGAAGGACCAGUGUGCUCUGAGCGAGGCUCGCAGCCCCAGCAAUAUACCUGCUGUCAUCAUUACAGACAUGGGUGCCCCAGAGGAGGAGGCACAAGGCCCCCCUCCGGGCAGCCUGCCCCUGAGGAAACUGUCUUCUUCCUCUGCCUCCUCCACUGGCUUCUCCUCUUCCUAUGAGGACUCGGAGGAAGACAUCUCCAGUGAUCCUGAGCGUUGCCUGGACCCCAACUCAGCCUUCUUGCAUACUCUGGACCAGCAGAAGCCCAGAGUGAGCAAAUCAUGGAGGAAAAUAAAGAACAUGGUGCACUGGUCUCCCUUCGUCAUGUCCUUCAAGAAGAAGUACCCCUGGGUCCAGCUGGCGGGACAUGCAGGGAGUUUCAAGGCGGCCGCCAACGGCAGGAUCCUGAAGAAGCACUGUGAGUCAGAGCAGCGCUGCCUAGAUCGGCUCAUGGCUGAUGUGUUGCGGCCCUAUGUGCCCGCCUACCAUGGGGAUGUGGUCAAGGACGGCGAGCGCUACAACCAGAUGGAUGAUCUGCUGGCCGACUUCGACUCGCCAUGUGUGAUGGACUGCAAGAUGGGUGUCAGGACGUACCUGGAGGAGGAGCUCACCAAGGCCCGCAAGAAGCCCAGCCUCCGGAAGGACAUGUACCAGAAGAUGGUCGAGGUAGACCCCGAUGCCCCAACCGAGGAGGAGAAGGCACAGCGGGCCGUGACCAAGCCGCGGUACAUGCAGUGGAGAGAGACCAUCAGCUCCACCGCCACCCUGGGCUUCCGGAUCGAAGGCAUCAAGAAAGAAGAUGGUUCUGUGAACCGCGACUUCAAGAAAACCAAAACGAGGGAGCAGGUCACUGAGGCCUUCCGAGAGUUCACGCAAGGGAACCGCAACAUCCUGGUCGCCUACCGGGACCGGCUGAAGGACAUUCGUGCCACCCUGGAGAUCUCUCCCUUCUUCAAGUGCCACGAGGUCAUCGGCAGCUCGCUCCUGUUCAUCCAUGACAAGAAGGAGCAGGCCAAGGUGUGGAUGAUCGAUUUCGGGAAAACCACGCCCCUUCCCGAGGGCCAGACCCUACAGCACGACAUCCCCUGGCAGGAGGGGAACAGGGAGGACGGCUACCUGUCGGGCCUGGACAACCUCAUCAGCAUCCUGACGGAAAUGUGCACAGGGGCCCCACCCACCUGAGGCCGCGGCCCGUGCCUCCCCCUCCCCCCCCAUACCCCCGCGCCUCCUUUCUGCCGCCUCUUCCUCUUCCUCGGCUCUCCCUGUGCUUCCACUGGCGCCGGCCCCAGACCCCACGACCCGCGCUGCACUACAGGACAGGAGAUGGCUCCGUCACUUCCCGGAUGGAAGGAAGGGCGCGGUGCAGGGGCCUCCAGCCCUGCUUGUAAAUAGAGAACUCCUGAACCCCAGAUCUAGCUGCCUGUAGCAGGGGUCACAGUGGAAGGAGUGGGUGUCCCCAGUGGCAAGAGAUGAGCCUAGGCCUCUGGGCCGGCCACGUGGGCCUGGCGCCACCUGGUGGCCAAGUCCCCCUUUCAGCAUCUUCCCAUCCUGUGGGGCUGUUGGAACACCCUGAAUGGGUCCCCCUGCUCAGCCCCAGGCUCUCUUCCGUGGAGCUGAGGGGACGCUUUGACUUGGGGCCAAAAGCCGGGAGGGGACCAAGGACGGUGAGGCCCGGCUCUGAGCUCAUGGAGGCGGGGGGGAGCAGGCUCAGGAUGCUUUCCUCGGUGAGAGCCACAAAUUCUGAGGGACACAGGUCACCCUUCGGUCCCAAGAGCCACUCCUGCCCCUCCAUUCCAGCCCUGCUGGGGCAAAUCUAGGGAAGGAGGAGAGUCUGAAGGAGGAGGGCGCUCCUCUCCCUCCUGGGGGCCUCCCCCACCCCAGAGCUGGGCUGUCUUCCUUGUCUGGACACCUCACAGUCACAUGGCAAGGUGCUUGACCUCUGGCACCUUCACCCUUGGGAGAGACCUGGCACCUGGACGCAGACCUGAGUCUCAGACCUGAGGCACAGGGGGCAUCUCAGGGGAACUAGUGUAAGAGUAAAGCAAGUCGCUCAAUUCCCCCAGAGGAAUAUCAGAGCUGCAGGGCUUUAAGGACCAAACUUCUGGCUCACUCCGGGCAGCUGAGUCAUGGGAGCCCCCCUCCCAGCGAACUGCUCCACCUCCCAGCGUGAGGGGCAUCUGGGGUGGGCAUGUGCUUAGAGAGUGGAACCCAGUGACCCCAUCCCUUCUCCUCCCCGGGGUCUCUGGGGGCGGGAGCGUCCAUUUCCCCUUUCACUCUGAGUGACAAUUGGUGAGACGGGGAGGGUGCGACCCAGCUGAGGAAGAGGUUUGUCAGAAGGAAGUCACCUGGUAGUGGUCCCUCAAAGCAAGGGUGAGGACCUGUGUGGAUGGACUCGCUCCAGGGCUGGGGGCCUGCUUACAAUGUGUGAUUCCAGGAGGAUCCCAGCUUUUCUGGGUCCCCUUGACUCCCCAGCUGUGACCAUAGGUGGGUGGGACCUCAGUGUCCAUCCCCACAUAAGAAUCUUGACCCCACACUGACCAGGUGACCCUCGCUCACUGGGCAGGCUCACAGGAGCAAAUUUAUGCUAGGAAGAAAAUUACAGGGAGAAAUUCCAGGGGCAGGAGCUGGCCGGCCUGUAGGCCCCUGAGCACUUCUUAGAGGGGACCCGUCCCUUGGGGGCCUGGGAGUUGUAUUUAUCUGCUAGUUCUCUCCCACACAUGCUUCUUCCCAUGCUGCUGGGGAAGCUGGAUCCUGCAGGCAAUUACCUGGCACCCCUGCUCACACCAGAGCGGCCUCCCACCCACAUUCCUCCCUGGGGUCUGCCCACUGUGAGUGGGCACCUUCCACCCCUCCUCCUGGGGGCCCCGGGGCGCCGCGCUGCAGGCUUGCUCCUGGCCUCGGCCGCCGCUCCCACACUUGCCUUCAGUGUCAUGUUAGACGUUUUAAGUUAUAUUUAUUUUGUCGGUUUUUAAAUUGCACAGAACACUACGACCGAAAGGCUGGCUUCUGUCUGUCGUCCGCACGGCCUUCUCGCCGCUGGCUUUGCGUCCUUGGUUGCGCGGCAGUCUGCUCUUUCUCCGCUCACUGUGCUUAGCUUGGAGUGGCCCUGCCUCCCCAGGGGCCCUACGCUUGAAGAAGCAGGGGUCUUCCCUGCCAGUGCCUUUGCAGAGGCACCUCCCCCCUGCACCCCUGGGACACUGUUAUCUCCACGCCCCCAUGCCUGUAAAAGGGACCGCAGCUGCUCUGCCUUCCCAAAUAAAGGUUCCAGAGACCCCUGCCAGCA